UGUAUCUAAUUUUGGAGAAAAUGGAUGUGGUAGAGUUGUUGCGUCGGUGAACUUGCGUUUAAGUCAGUGCAGACAGAUAUUGCAUAGCAAAUAACCCUAUAUUGUCCAUUCGUAAAUGCGAUUUUUCACAUAGAGUGAAUAGUGUUCUAGGUUUGAUGUUGAGUAAUGUUGGUAAGUUUCCCGUGGGAGGUGUGUCGGAGCUGAGAGGUGGUAAUCUUGUUGAACCACCCUCCGGUGAGGACUCACGUGCUGACCAGAGAUUGGAAAAUGUAAAUGUAAAUGCCAAUAUGGUACAGUUGAGUUCAGUUAUUCGUGAUAGAGAGACAACUGUGGUUUAUGAGGCUAACGCUGCCUCUGAGUGUUACAAUGUUAAUGGUAACCAUUUACAACAAAUGGAACAUGUUGGAGCUCCUCUUCCAAGCAAUGUCGCCAAUGGCAAACCUAAGACUUUGUGUUUGGAUUCAGCUGUUAAAGAUGGUUUACCAUUACAACAAAUGGAACAUGUUGGGGCUCCUCUUACAAAUGGUGUUGCUAAUGGCAAACCUAAGGCUUUGUGUUUGGAUUCAAUUGUUAAAGAUAGCGGUUUACCAUUACAACAAAUGGAACAUGUUGGGGCUUCUCUUGCAAAUGGUGUUGCUAAUGGCAAACCUAAGGCUUUGUGUUUGGAUUCAAUUGUUAAAGACAGCGGUUUACCAUUACAACAAAUGGAACAUUUUGGGACUCCUCUUGCAAGCAGUGUUGCCAGUGGCAAACCUAACCCUUUGUGUUUGGAUUCAACUGUUAAAGAUAACGGUUUGCCAUUACAACAAAUGGAACAAUUUGGAGCUCCUCUUGCGAGCAGUGUUGCCAAUGGCAAACCUAAGUCUUUGUGUUUGGAUUCAACUGUUAAAGAUUACGGUUUGCCAUUACAACAAAUGGAACAAUUUGGAGCUCCUCUUGCAAGCAGUGUUCCCAAUGGCAAACCUAAGACUUUGUAUUUGGAUUCAAUGGUUAAAGAGAACACUCCGCAGUUUCAUUGGGGUGCACAUGAUGAGAAUCAGAUUGGUUCAAUUUCACCCCCAGGGAAUAAGUUUUAUCUUAACCGGCUUCAAACUAUGGGACAUGGUUCAUUGGACCAUCAUGAUGUUGUUUCCUUGCCAGAACGUCUGUAUCCCGUUGAAAGCCUUUCACAAAUUUUUAUUGCUACUUUUACAAGCAAUAUUUUAUGGUUUUUAUCAUACUGUGAUAUUCCUGCCCACCUACCAGUGACAAUUGCAUGCCACAACCGUGAGGGGUGUUGGAGUUCAUCCCCCGACAAAAGAAUCUCAGUGCCUUUCUCAGAUUUUCCCAAUUUAGUUGUGGUGUAUCCUCCAUUUCCCGAGGUUAUAGCCUUUGGUAAUGACCGCAAACGAUCAGGCAUAGCCUGCCAUCAUCCAAAAUUGCUUGUGUUACAAAGAGAAGAAAGCAUCCGUGUUGUCAUUACUUCUGCAAAUUUGGUGGAAAAACAGUGGAACAGUGUGACCAAUACCAUUUGGUGGCAGGAUUUUCCUCGUAUCAGCAGACCUGAUUAUUUAUCUCUUUUAACUCAAUUAUCUGACGGGGACAUAAAUCAAUAUUCAAAAUCUGAUUUUGCUGCUCAGCUGGGCGGAUUUAUGGCAUCUCUUGUUGCUGAUGUACCUAGUCAGGCCCACUGGAUCCUAGAAUUGACUAAAUAUGACUUUAAGGGGGCAGUUGGCCAUCUUGUUGCUUCUGUACCUGGAAUUCAUUCUCGCAGGGCACCUUCUAUCUUGGAACCCAUGUACUUCUUACCUGGUGAGCAAUGUGCAUCGCAGUCAUAUGGUGUGAAGGUCCUAGGUUCUAUUGAAACAUCUGUAGUUGGUUUAAGCCAUCUUUUUCGCACUUCAGCAGAUACAAAUGGGUCACAGCUAAAGAAACUUGCUUCUUUCCUUGGAAAGUGUUAUGAAAAUGCAAAUGGGAUGCUGGAGAUUGUUUUAAGAAGAAACAAUAUACCAGCUGAUGCAAAUGCUGUGAGCAUUCUUGUUCCUAAUCCAGGAGAGUUCUCUGAGGGAGAUUGCGUUCAACUUGGGUUUCUACCAAGAAAUAUUGCAAAGUGGGUUGCUCCUUUAUCAAAUAGUGGCUUAUUCAGGUUUUCUGGAUAUGUUUAUCCAAAAGAAGUCCUCGUGACUGCUUUAGAAGGAAGCACUAGCUUAGUACAAAUGAUACUGUAUGUGUCACAGGGACCUAUCUUUUCAGACAUAUCAAAAGUAGUACAAUCUGAACAUGUUUUUGCAAUAUGCUUGUUAGUUGCAUCAAUUCAGAGGUCUACAGGCCUUUGGCGACUUCAAGAUGUUUUAAGUCAUUACAAAUGGCCGGAAUAUUUGGAAACUGAUUUUGUUUUCGGUUCAUCCUCAAUUGGGUCAGUCACUGCACAGUUUUUAGCUGCAUUUUCAGCAGCAUCUGGAAAGACAUCAGUGCAGUUCUCUGAGUCUGACGAGUCUGAUCCAGAUUGGGGCUGCUGGAGUGCAAGUCAAGAGAUAAGAAACCCAUCCAUCAGAAUCAUUUUUCCCACAAUUGAAAGAGUGAAAAAUGCAAGUUGUGGUAUCUUAGCUUCAAAAUUCCUUCUGUGUUUCUCGCAGAAAACAUGGCAAAGGUUGAGAAACGUAGGCAUGCUUCAUGAUGCGAUUCCUUAUCCCAACAACAGAGUUAAUCAUCCCAUGCAUGUCAAGGUAGCCAGAAGACGCUUCCAGUCUAAGAAGGAUGCUUCAUCCUUUGGAUGGGUGUAUUCUGGGUCCCAUAACUUCAGUGCCGCUGCUUGGGGACACCCAAUUUCUAAUUCACUCAGGACAAAGGUUGUUGGAGUUGUGAAGACAAAUUCUGUAUUGGGUUCAAGACUUCACGUCUGUAACUACGAGCUUGGUAUCGUUUUCAUCGUUCCACCAUCAGAUGCAAACGGUAGUCCCAACCAUAAGAGUAGGAGUUUGGAUGAUAUCAUAUUGCCAUUUGUCGUGCCUGCUCCGAAAUACAGACCCAGUGACACACCAGCAACAAAACAGGCUAUGAGAGAAGCAUUGGCUGAAUGGGAGAGAGAGAUAUCUCUGGAAGCAAUUGCAUCUGGAGAAUUGAUGGAAGAAGAGAUCCCAGAUGAGGAAGAGGAAGUAUUGGAGGCAACUGAUUAUGUCGCGAAGGAGCGGGAAGAUGAGAAAGCUUAUGCUGAUAUACUAUGGAGCCAAAGUUGAUUCAUCUGAGCUUCUGAUUAAAUUGCUUGUUGAGAGAAAAGUAAUAGAUGGCUUGAAAUGUUCAUGUAUGUACUUCCUCCAGAGAAAUGUAAAAUCUGAAGAGAAUGUUGUAUUCUAUAUCUCUAGAUUAGAUCGGAGGGGAUUUGAUGUAUAUACACUUGGUUUUAGGAUUGUAGAUUUUAGAGGUGCCAUUCUUUGCGGGAUUUGAAGGGUUGGUAUACCAAAGGACUAUUCUUUUUAUUGAUUUGUGAUUGUAUUGGGGGUUGAGUAGGUCUUUAGAUUUCCAUUGU